AUGAAUCAAGACAAGUCUGUUCGAGGUGAAAAGGGACAUGUGCUGAUCUUGACACCAUUUAAACAAUCUGUUCAGUUUAUUGAUCGUUUCUUUGAUAAUGUCAACAAACUCACUUAUCCUCAUCAUCUCAUCUCUUUGGGUUUCCUUGUAUCUGAUUCCACAGAUGGUACGAUUGAAAAACUAAGAGAGCGAUCCGACAUUGAAUCCAGAGCACCUGAAUGGCGUCGAUUCAACAGUAUUGCCAUCUUUCAAAAGGACUUUAAGUUUGAAUUGGCUUCUAAUGAAGACCGUCAUGCAUUUGAAGUCCAAGUUAAACGAAGAAACAUCAUGGCCAAAAGUAGAAAUACCUUAUUAUCAGCCGCAUUAAACGAAAAGCAUGAAUGGGUACUUUGGCUAGAUGGUGAUGUGACAGAGUACCCAGAGACCUUGUUAGAAGAAUUGAUUGGGUUAGAUAAAGAUGUGCUUGUGCCUAAUUGUUAUUGGCAUUCGUAUAACGAAGAAGGUGGAUAUGAUAAGAACAACUGGCAAGAAACAGAAGAGAGUAUUGAACUUCAAAAGACACUCCAGCCUGAUCAAGUCCUUGUUGAAGGUUAUCCUGAAUUGAUUACGCAUAGAAAACUCAUGAUUGAUAUGCGAUUUGAAAAUGACAAUACAGACUUAUUUUACACAGUUCCCUUGGAUGCAGUGGGUGGUACAUGUACACUAGUGCGUGCUAGAGUGCAUCGUGAUGGUGCUAUUUUCCCUCCUUUUCCUUUUCAACAUCAAGUAGAAACAGAAGGACUAGCCAAAAUGGCUAAAUCACUAGGUUAUCAAGUAUGGGGAUUACCCAAUUAUUUAGUUUAUCACUAUAUUUAA